AUGGGACAGGAGAGCCUAGCAUACUCUGUGCAUCGCUGCAGGCCCCUGCUGACUCUGGCUGCCAGUCUCCUGCUCACCUGUGGACCAGCAUCCUCAUUACAAGAACCACAUAGUUCUUCUGGAUUUAUGACUACAAGGCUCAGAACAACACCCAGGACAAGCAGAAGAAUGUUGGACACAAGCACAACAGUGACGACUUCAACUUUACAUUGGAGAAGCAGCAUUCCUUCAAAGUUUGCUGCUCCAAAAGGCACAAAAAACUCACAGAAAAUGGUGAGCAGCAUGGAAGCCACCAACUCUGCUCCCCGCAUAUCAUUUGAAUCAGUUGUACCCAAAUCCACACUGUCCACGUUGAUACCCAAAACCACAGGGAAGAGCACUGUUUCUGCUUCAACGAAUACAUCUAAUUCUACAAAGACUGACACACAUAAUGGGAAUGAAUUAGAUAGUACCCUUCUGCAAGACACAUCCAUGACUGUUAUGAUGGUGGAGACUAACAUAUCUGAGAUGAUUUCGACCACAGAACAUACUCAUAGUCUUCUUGAAGCAUCCUUUACUAAUUCUGUUCUUGUAUCCAUAACAGAACCUGUGAACAGCAUUUCCUAUCCAAGCCCUCAUCAGUCAGCCAAGCCAGAAGAACCCUCCAGUGAAGUGUCCACUGGAGGGGCAAAUUCUGUCAUUGACACUAGUCAGACAGGUUUUGUGGGGACCCCAAACUUGGUUUCCUCCCAAGGAACACCAGAAACUUCCUUAGUGCCAGGAAUGCACUCCACUCUCUCUCAGAGUUAUCCAUUGAUGGAGAAAUCCACUCUUCUCAGCACACGUUAUAAUACCCCUUCCAAGACAAAAUUCUCACCACUGGAAGGAAUCAGCUCUAAACAUUCCUUGGGAACUAUGGUCAGAAUGAGCUCUCCAUCACCUGUUGAUUCCACAUCACAAAGUCAUAGUCACUCUUUUACAGGUCCUAUAAACUCACCCGUGCCUAUUACCCAUAAUAAUCCCAAGCAAGGUAGGAAUACCACUUGGAUCCAAUCUAGAACACUUGAACAAACAGAUUCAACCACAAAGUAUGAUCCUAACCAUACUGAAGCAUCCACAAAUGUUGACUCGUGGAUGAGGGACAUGUCUGCUGUGAACACAUCCCUUACAAAGCUACAUGAGUCCACAUCAGAAGAAACUUCCAUUGGAAUCACCAUCAGGACUCCUGGUUCCAGCCUCACUACAAAAUCACAAAUGUUGGCAAAUAGCCACACCGGACAUUCUGUGAUGACAUCAAACAUGAUGACUUCUGAAGACACAUCAAUUUCUGCCUCAGUUAAACACAUUAACACCAGUGGAGGACAUGCAUUUCCACAUUCAGAAUCCAUGGCACCUUUCAACAAUGUUGCUUCUUUUCCUUGGGAAGAAUCAAUAUCAACAGAUUCCAUAACAAUGCCACGUGAGUUGCAUUCACGUGCUAUUUCUUCCAUGACAGACAGACACAAAAUAUUACCUACUAGUUCUCUGACAUCUGUCAUCAAAAUUUCUAAGAAUCUAAUCCCAAUAGACUUGUCCAGAAGCUCAAGAUCUGGGACUUCUUCAACUCUGAGUUUGAAUAGCAGUCCUCAGACAAGUUUCAAGAGUGCACAAUUAUCCAGUGUCUCACAGAUGACCACUGUUUCCACAGUCACAAAAGGAAACCACGUGAAAGAUAGGAGUUCAACACCCCAGCUCAAAUACACCAUAGCUACACCAGUUUCAUCUGGAAAUGAAUAUUUCACAAUACUUAAGACCAAAUCAGAAGGCACCACAGUUCCAUCUCCACAACUAAUUUCCUUUGCAACUGCAGAGAUUAAAAGACAGACAGCUUCUACCUUGAUCUUAGCAUGGAAAAAUGAUAGUAAGUCUGAAGACAUGCAUACAACCAAAGGACACAAUACUAGUGAUACUGAUGUGCUCACUAUCCCAUCUCUUCCUGAGUCCCAGACAGCAGGCUUGUUUGAGCCCAACACAUCCCUCUCAAUGCUACAUCAGUCAACAUCAAAUGAUACCUCCAUUGGAAUCUCCAUCGGGCUCCCAGGAUCUAUAACCACCACAGAAUCAGAAGAGACAACAGCCAGUCACAGGGGACAUUCUGUAGUGACAUCAAACAUGCUGACUUCCCAAGACACAUCAACCCCUGCUUCAAACACAGCGACCCAGCACAGUGAGACACAGACAUUUCCACUUUCAGAAUCCAGGCUUCAUUCUGUCAAUCCUCCACCCCCAUCACAGACUCAUUCAACUUGGGAAGCGUCCAUGCCUGCCAGUUCAACAAGACCCACACCCCCAUCAUGGACUCAUUCAACUUGGGAAGCGUCCAUGCCUGCCAGUUCAACAAGACCCACACCUGAGACACCCUCCCAUUCUCCAGUUCCUGCCACUGCAGACAGAUACAGCACCAGCUCUCCUCUUUCUGUCACCUCUAUCUUCACAGUUGCUAAGGACCCAAUCCCUACCAAAUUAUAUACAACCUCAGGACCAGCGUCUGUUUCAAUACUAAGCCCCAACAGUGCCCAACUCUCCAAAGUCUUACAAACAAUCUCUGUUUCCUCACUCACACAAGAGAACAGCAUUGAAUAUGGGACUCACACACGUCAUUCCAAACACACCACCACACCUACAUCAGCUUCAUGGGAAAAGGAAUCUUUCACAACUAUCAUGCCCACCAUGGAACAUACCAGACUUCCGCCUUCACAACUUGUCUCAUCUGGAAGCACAGAGAUUGAGACAGGUACAGCUUUCUCCCCAAAGGCAGCACGGACAGACUUGAGUACAUCUGAAGAAAGAAAUUCAACCAUAGAACACAAUCCUAACCAUAGUGAAUUGCACACUAGCCCUUCUCUUUUUGAGUCUAAGACAGGAGCCCUGUCUGCUGACAGCACGUUCCUGUUAGCCCCCCAUCAGUCUACCUCAGAAGAUACUCCCACUGGAAUCUCCACCAGUCUCCCUACCUCCACCAGCAAUGCAGAAUCAAAAGAUAUGACAAGCAGACCCAUGGGACAUUCUCCAGUUAUGGCAGACAUUUUGACCUACCCAAACACAUACAGCACUACCUCAGUCAAGGACACCCAGUCCAGUGGGAUGCAUACACUUCCACAUUCAGAAUCCAUUGCUCCUUUCAACAAUCCUGCUUCAGCAUCAUGGACAGGUAUUCCUGAGGUAGGAUCCUUGUCUACAGAUUCCACAACACCAGCAUCACUUUCACUGGCCCCUGGUACUUCCUUACCAGACAGACACCGACAGUCUCCUGAUUCUGUUGCCUCUAUUUUCACAGUUGCCAAGGAUCUGUUUCCCACAGCUUCACACCCAAGUUCAGAUCCUGUGACUACUUACAUUUCAAACUGGAGUACCAUCCCUCAGUCAAGCUCUAACGCUGCACAUGCUUCCCAAACUUCACCGAUGAAUAAAUUUUCUUCGAUCACACCAGGGUCCAAUGUGGAAACCGGCAGUUCUGUGCCCCAAUUCAAAUACACUAUCACACCUACAUCAAUGUCGUCUGAAAAUAAAGCUUUUCCUACUACCCUUCCCACCGCUCAAGUAUCCACUCUUUCACCUACACGGUCAAUAUCACUUGAACGUGAAAAGAUUGGGACACAGACAUUUACCCCCCUGACUAUAUCAACACCAGCAAAUAUACCUGAGAAGGUGUUCUCAAGCACGGAUUUCAUUAGUAGCCAUUCUGAAGUGCCUUACAGUUCUUCUCGUCCUGUAUCCAGAACAGUAUCCAUGUCACCUGAUAGCACGAUACUUCCAAUGCUUCAACAGUUUACAUCAGAAGAUACCAAGUUUACAUCAGAAGAUCUGUCCAGUAGAAUUGUCUCCAAACUUUCUAGCUAUAGCAUCACAGAAUCAGAAGAAAUAUCUACCAGCCAGGUUGGGGAUUCUCAAGUGACAUAUAAUAUGGGCCUGUCCCUGGAAACAUCACCCAUGUCUUCAGUGUCUGAUAAUCUCAAUAGUUUCACUCUAGUUCCCCUAGUCACAGAGCCAUCCACAUUUCUAAGCCAAAGUCAUGAAGUCCAACCAAUUGCAACUUUUUCAACUCUGAAAGGAAGCCAACCUGCCGAUUCUCUAGGAUAUCUUGAUGGGCCUACCUUAGCUUCUCCUGUUACCUCCACAGAAGAACACAGCACCCCAUCUCCUAGUUCUGUGAUCUCUGACUUCACACCUUCUAGAGAGGCAAUCACAACUGGAUUGGGUAUACAUGAUUUGUCUACCUCAUUUAUAGAUUGGAGCAAUAGUACACAUUCAAGCCCAGAGACUCCACAGGUCACCAAAUUCUCAGAGACAAGCUCUGCUUCCUCUGUGAAACCCAGUAGUUCCAUACCCCUAUCCAAAUUCUCCAUUUCAGAGGCCAUUACAGCUGGCAGACUCUCCACGAGAAUCCCCCCUUCUUUCUCAACAUCAGAAGACAUCACCACUGGAAGCAUUCUCAGACACAUUACCUAUCCUAGCACAAAAGAACACAUAGAGUUAACCUCCAUCUUGGAGGCAGAUAAUUCUGGGUCUUUAUUAUAUGAUGCCCUGUCUAGGGACACUGCAACCACUGUUUCUGUGGCAGAGUUUUCUUCACCUGAGCCUCAGACAUCUCCAUAUUUAGCAAUGAUAACUGGAUCCAGGGGUUGCGAGGAACAGUCUUUACUCAAAGAAAAACACAGCUCUUCAGAUUCAACAUCAACUGUGACUGAGAAAACCACACCACCUUUUACUUCUACUUCACAAGUACAAAAUGACUCUGCCCUUGACUUUGUGACUGCAUUUGUAACUUCUCUUCAAGAAACAACCUCAACUGGAAAAGAUGAAAAUGUACUUUCUGGGAGCACUUCAACCCAAGGCCUGGAUACCACGGGACUAUCAAUUCCAGGUCCUUCAUAUGACAUAAGAAACCUCACAGCAGAUCACAUUCCCUCAAAAAACCUAGGAAACAAAAUAGAAACCAAUAGUCCUGGAGCGUAUUCCCAAGGCACUGUCCUAGUUAAUUCCAUUCCAUCAAGAAUAACAACUGUAAUGAUGACUCCGCAAAACAAUUGGCACACAGCCCUUUCCACAUCAAUGCCCAUAUCUAAACCUGCACAUACAGAAACUCAGAGAACUUUCCCCCUAACUUCAAUAGAACAGGAAAUCACCAUGCCUGAAGAUACUAACUUAAUGACAAAACGUAGCUCUGAUCUUUUCACAGUGCCCACUAGGACUUACACUGGGAUUUCAAGAACAGAAGUUAACUCGGCUGAUAGAAUACCUAUUUCAAGCUCUGAAUCCUUCACAAAAACAGCAGACAUCUCAAUGGGAAAUAAUUCUAAUAUCUCUACUGUUUCCUUCCCAAACAUUGACCACAGUCAAGUAAUUAAUGCUGCAGAAUCAUCCAAGGUCACAACUCCUUGGAGCACGUCAGUAACUACUGAUGAUACAGGGGAUCUCUCUACUGUAACUCAGACAGUUCUGCACCCAGACUCCAUAACUCAUUCCACCAGUUCUGAGCCACUGUCACAAACAGACUUCCCAGGCCAUGAAGCAACCCCCUCUGUGAAGUCUGUAGAAAUACCUCUGGCAACAUCACCUUUUCUUGCUACUUCCUCAUCAGAAGGACAAAGUCUCACCUCUCCUGCUUCUGGGGUCCCCACAUUCUCUUCUGGGGAAAGAACUCCAAAGGAAUUGGACUCAAACUUAGAUUAUUUUACAACACCGUUUCCAAGCUGGAGAAACAGUGAGUUAGUCAAUUCAAAGGACACGAGAACCUCACAAACAUCUUACAUUUUGAACAGAACUGAAGCAACCAGUGUGGACAUAACCACUCCUGGACCCCAGUUACAAAACACUGUGUCAUCUAAGGCUGUUCUCCAAGAUGGUACUGCGUCUUCCUUUUUGUCAUUACUAACAAAGACUCCACCUUCUUCUGCUUCCUCUCUACCACCACAGAGUUCAAGCUCUACCUCUUUUCCUGAGACUUCAUUCCACACCUCUGAAUUUUCUAAGACAAUGGAUACAUUGAUCAGAAGCUUGAAAACUGAACCAGGUUCACCUCCAAAUUUGAGCAGCAACUCACUUGAAAUAUUGGGCUUACCUGAAGUUACUACUGAUAGAGAAAAUUUUCAUUCUUCCUCAAAAUUCAAAGUAGCCAACAUGGAGGCUGUCAGUACAGGGCAUGAGCUAAGUUCCUCUGUACCGAUACCCUCUGAAUCAUCCAGGGAUGCCUAUAGAGUUGGUACCUCUUCCUCCACAUGGGUGACUUCUAUGUCCACAUCAUUGCCUGCCCAUUUAGAGACUAAAAGAUCUAAUACUGACCAAUUUUUCCAUUUGACUUCUGGAUUGAGGGAUACUAGCAUGUCUCUACAAACAAACAUGCCUUCAUCUCCUAUGUCCACUCCCAUUUUGCCAAGUUCUGAGACUGCUGUUACUUCUGCUAGGAACAUAUCAACUCCUUAUCAGACUCAGUCUUCACAGUUUACUGAAGUUCCAGUACAAACAGUCACCAUCUUACAUUCUUCAUCUAUUACUGAGUCUACUGGGGUAACAUCCUUCCCAGAAUCCAAUUUUCCUGUGCCCUCACCAGAAAGUACUCAUGUUCCAAGAACUGAUAUGCCUCCUGCAGAUGAGAUGACUUCAGAUGAAACAACCCUUUCUGCAGCAGAAGAUAUGGCUUCAUUUGCCACAACCAGCAUUCCAAAAGGCAGCUCACUUAUGACUUCUAACAGUCCUCAUUCAAUAACAAAGUCAAGCCAUGGUGAUGUUUUGGUGGCCACCACUGUAAAAGAAUUACUUUCUUCAGCUUCUACAUCACUGCCCUUUCCUGUUUCCACUAGCACUGACUUUACAGCCAGCCCAGCUCUGCACAAGACUACUCCUUCAGAAACAGAAGAUGGCAUGCAGUCCCAGACGGAGACCCCUGAUGGAGCUGCCAAUGGAGACACCCCAGACCUAGUAAAGAGCCCUUUGACUUCUAUAUCACCUGCUAGCUCUAAAGAGCUAUCCACAGAAGGGCGAGUAAAAGCGGAGACCACUGAUACAGCUCUGAAAGCUACACCCAUUGCCACUUCAACCACCAAAAUCUCUACAACUUCAAGACCCCUGGAUCACCUCACGACACCAGAGACAACGGGCAACAUAAACACAACAGAGAUGAUUAUCACAGCCUCAGAUGCCUCCCACAAUGUCCUAGGGAUAACAGCAUCACCUUCUACAGGCUCUAGGGAAAAGACCAGCAUGGUCCUCAGAACAAGACUAUCUUUGUACAGUAGAGAACCAGAGAGCACAGUCUCGAGGAGCCCCAGUCUUAGGACAGAGACCAGCCAAGCUAGUCGUACCUUAACUGACUCUUCUGGUGACUCUGGCACAGUCUCAUGGGUCACCUAUCCUUUGGAGAUGACUUCAGCUGCUGCCAAGAUGACGCUGAGUGCUUCUCAAGGAGAAUCAGAUUCCAAGGUGUCCACAGCCACCAUUCCCAGAGAAGAACCAGAGACAAUGAACUCAUUUACUACCGAUGCUGGAGCCCAGACAAGUUUAGGUAUUACAGUUCCAUCUGACUCCCCUACUGUACCAGGAAUGUUGGCCUCACUAAUAACCAGUUCUGGAACAAAAAGCCAUCCAUCUCCAACUUCAACUGUUUCCCCAGGUCAACCAGAAACCACCAUUCCAGGGGCCAUUCAUCUUGAGGCCAAGUCCAGUUCGGCUGUUCCAACUUUGGCUGUUUUUCCUGGUGAGCCAGAUACAACCAUUUCCUUAUUCACUCCUCAUGCAGCAAUCAGUCCUACAGUUCUCAAAACAGUCCCAAAUUUUUCUCAGCAUGGGUUAGAUGUUACACCCUCAGUGGCUUCCAGUCUUGGAACAGAAACAAAUUUAGCUGGCUCGUCUUCUAUUUUUUCACCUGAGGAGAAAGGGGUUCUGACCUCACUGGCUCCUAGUUUUUCAACAGUAACUACUGAAAGUACUCCAGCUCAGUCUGUUUCUGCUGAUGAGUCAGACACCACAGUACCAUUGGUCAGCCACCAUAGGCCACAGGUGAGUUCAACCAUUGCAACUCUGACUGUCUCCCCUGAUGUUCCAGAGAUGAUGUCACUCACCACAAGCAGUAAAUUAGAAACAAGUCUAUUUCCAACUCAGGUUGCUUUCUCAAGUCAGCCAGAGAUCACUGCCUCAGAAGUCAGCCAUCUUGGAGAUAAAGCUAGUUCUAAGAUUCCAUCUGGGACUAGGACUCCUACUGAGCCAGAUGAAGCAACAAGGCCAAGUUUUUCCCAUAUGGAUUUAGACACUACACCUCCCGCAGCAUCCACAAUUAUUGGUCCAGAAACAAGUUCAUCUGUUCUAACCACAACUGUCUUACCUGUUGUCCAAGAUAUGGUGACUUCGCAGGUCCCUAGUUUUGGUACAGAUUCAAAAACAACUACAUCAACUCUGAUGCUCCAUUCUUCUGAGCCACAGACUAUAGUUUCCCUUGCAACCAAUGCAGGGGAAGAGUCCAGUUUAGCCACUUCUACUGGAGCUGUCUCUCUAGGUGUAACAGAAGUGAUAACAUCACUGGUGUCUAGUUCUGGGGCAGAGACACAUGCAAUCCAAACUGCUUCCCCAGAUGAUCCAGACACUAUAACCUCAUGGGUCACCCACUCUGGCAGAGAAGGUACUUCAGAUGUUUUGACUCUAUCUACUUUACCUGGCGGGACAGGUGAAACAAAAUCAUGGGAUACUCAUUUUUCGGAGACUAACCUGACAGUCCUCAUGACAACUCCAGAUGUUUCCCACACUGCAUCAGAUAGUUUACCCUCAAUAUCCACCAGUUCUGAGACAGAAGCCAGAUCAGAUUCUUCAACUUCUGCUUUUUCACCUAAUGUGUCAGAAGUACUGAGUUCACCUGUCCCUACUUUUAGGAUAGUCACCAGCACCAAUAUUCCAGCUUUGACUCGUUCUUCUGAUAAACCAGAGAUAGGAGUCUCAAUGUCCACUCAUACUGUGGUACAAAAACCUUCAUCCAUUCCAACUAUGACAGCUUCCUCUGGUGUACUUGGGAUAGUGACUUCACUAGGCCCUAGUUCUGAGAUUUACACCAGUACAAUUUCCCCAGAAAUAACAAGUUAUUCACAAAUACUGGAGAAAACAGCAUCACAAGUAACACCUUCUAAAAUUUCAGAAGGAAGUUCUUCUGUUGCAACUCUUACUGCUUCACCAGAUGAAGCAGGCACAUCAGCCCCAUUUGUUAUCAGUCCUGAAGAAAUGAACACAAAGGUUCCCAGGACAAGCCCAAGUUUUUCCCAUAUUGAAUCUUAUACCACACCCUCAACAGCCACCACAGUUGAACAGGAAGCCGGAUCAUCUGCUCCAAGUACUCCAACUAUAGCUCUCUCAUCUAGUAUUCCAGAUAUGGUAACCUUAGAAGGCCGCAGGUCUGAGGAAGAUGCAGAGACAUCCAAAUCAAUUCUUAUUCUUCAACCUUCUGAAACACAUACCAAGAUGUCUCUUAUUUCUCACUCUGAGGAAAAGAUUAGUUCACCCAUGUCUACUAUGGCUGUCUCUACAGAUGUAACAGAAAUGAUAAGACAAUUAUUUACUAGCUCUGAGACAGGCAGCCGUAAAAGAAAUCAGACUAUUUCUUCAGGUCAAACAGAGACCACCACAUCAUGGAUCAUGAAUCCUGAAACAGAAGUCAGUGCAAGGGUGCUAACUACAACCAUUUCACCCAAUGUUCUAGAAAAACUGACCUCAGAAUCUGUGAAACAAAUUCCAAAAAAACAGACUACAGUUUCAUUGGUAACUGAUGCUGGAAAAGAGCCCAAUUCAACCAUAUCUACUCUGGCUGUCUCUCCAGAUACAACAGAAAUGGCUACAUCACUGGUCACUACUGAAGGUACAGAAAGUCAUGCAACAACUCCAACUUUCACUUUUUCCACAAGACUACCAAAUACAACAACAUCUUGGAUUAACAGCACUGAAAAAGAAGACAGUUCAGGUGCUCGAAAUACAAACUUAACAUCUAGUGUUACAGACAUGAUGACCUCAACAAUCCUGAGCCACAUUCCUUCUGAAGCACAGAAGAUAACACCAUUGGCAACUCCUGCUGGGCAACAACAAAGUUUGGCCAUAAAUAGUAUGGCAAUCUCUCAGGGUAUAACAGAAGUGACAUCCCGGGUUGAUAGCUCAGGCACAGAAAGCCAUGCAGUGACUUCAAAUACAAACUUAUCCCUAAUACAACCAGAGGUUACAAAAGCAGGGAUAACAGAUCAUGGAAUGCAGGGCACUUCAGGGGUUCUAUUUAAGACCAUCUCACAUAGCAUGCCAGAAACAAUGACCUCAUCAACUCUUAUUCCUUCUGAAACAUAUACUACAAUUUCAUUGGUUACCAACAUUGGGGAACAGCCAAGUUCAGCCAUGUCUACAAGGCCUGUGUCUUCAGGCAUAACUGAAAUGAUGCCAUCACUCAUCACUACCUCUAGCACAAAAAACUCUUUAUUGGAUUCAACUCUAUAUGUUUCUUCAAGUGAACCAGAGACCACAGUCCCAAGGCUUGUCCUUCCUGGAAAAGAACUUGUUACUUCUAGAGUUCUAUCUAGAACCAUCUCACAUAGUGUAACAAAAAUGAUCACCUCACCAACUCGUACUCCUUCUAAACCAUAUAGCACAGCUUCAUUGGAUACCCACAUUGGGGAACAGCCUAGUUCAACCAUGUCUGUAAGGCCUGUUCCUCCACAUAUAACAGAAACGAUACCAACAUUUGCCACUAGCUCAAGCACAGAAAAUCAUUCCAUCACUUCAACUCUUGCUAUUUCCCCAGACCAACCAGGGACCACAUCUACAUGGGUCACCCACCCUGGAAAAGAAGAUACUUCAGGGGUUAUAAGAACAAUGGCCUCACCUACUGUUCCAGACAUGAUGACCACAACAACUCUGAUCCACACUCCACCUGAACCACAAACCAUAACAUCAUUGGUCACUCAUACUGGUGAACAUCUCAGUCCAUCCAUGUCCACUGAUGUUGUCUCUCAGGUUGGAAUGGACAUGAUGAUGUCACAUGCCAGGACAGAGGUAUAUGAAACCAGUCUAGCUCUACUUGUUUCUCCAGGUCAAAGAGAGACCACAGACUCAUGGGGGACUCAUGAUGAAAGAGAAGACACUUCAGGUGUUCUAACUACCACCGUUUCAACUACUGGUCCAGACCUUGUUACUUCAACAUCUCCUAUUCCUUCUGAACAACAUUCAACCUUUUCACUCAUCACCAACAUUGGUGAACAGCCCAGUUCAGCCUUCCCAACUCUGGCUGGCUCUCCAGGUGUAACAGAAACGAUGCCAUCACUGGUCACUAGCCCUAUCACAACACACAGUCCAACAACUACAAUGCUGACAGUAUCCACAGAUCAAACAGAGACCAAAGGUACAUGGGCCUCCUCCCAUUCUGUAAAGGCAGUUAGUUCAGAUGUUCUAACUACAAAUAUGUCAGCUACUGCUUCAGAGAAUGUAGGCUCAAUAAGUGCAACCCAUAUUUCUUCUGAAACACAGACCACAGUAUCAAUGGUUACUCAUGCUGACGCACAACCAAGUUUAUCCAUGUCCACUCAGACUGUCUCUCCAGAAGCAACAGAAAUGAUGACAUCACAGACCACUACUACUAGCUCAAAAACACAUGAAACCAGUUCAGCUCUACUUGUUUCUCCAGGUCAAAGAGAGACCACAACCACAUGGGUGACUCAUGCUGAAAGAGAAGACACAACUUUUUCAACUACUGGUCCAGACCUUGUUACUUCAACAUCUCCUAUUCCUUCUGAACAACAUUCAACAGUUUCUUUUGCCACCUACUUUGGUGAACAGCCCAGUUCAGCCAUUUCUCCCCUGGAUGUCUCUACAACUGGAACAGAAACUCUAUCAUCACUGGGCACUAGCUUCAGCACUAACUCUGCACUAGCUACAACUCUGGCAGUUUCCACAGAUAAACCAGGGAAUGCAGGCCCAUGGGUCACACUGCCUGGAAAAGAGAACACGUCAGGAGUUCUCUCUACAGCCAUCUCUCCUGACAUUGCAAAAAUGAUGACCUCAACAAUUCUGAUCCAUACUUCUCCUGAACCACAGACCAUUGCAUCAUUGGUCACGCAUCCUGAAAGACAUCACAGUCCAUCCUUGUCUAAUCAGGCUGUCUCUUCAGGUGUAACAGAAACAAAAAUGCCAUCAUUUGUCACUGGCUCAAGCAUAGGAAGCCAUGCAAUGACUUCAACUCUGGAUGAUUCUACAGGCCUGCCUGAGAUCACAGCCCCACUGACCACCCAUCCUGAAAGAGAAGCCAUAUCAGGGGUUCCUACUACUACCAUGUCAACUGGUAUCCCAGGAAUGUUGACCUCAAGUACUCUCAUUCCUUCUGAAUCACAUGCUACAGUUUCAUUGGUCACUCCUAUAGAACAAAAGCCCAGUGCAAUUUUGUCUACACGUCCUGUCUCUACAGGUAUUACAGAAAUGAUACCCUCACUGGUCACUAACUCAAGCACAGAGAACAAUUCCAUGACUUCAACUAUGGCUGUUUCACCAGAUCAACCAUGGACCACAGCCACAUGGGUUACCCAUCCUGGAAAAGAAGGUACUUCAGGGGUUCUAUCUUUGAACAUCUCACAUAGCAUACCAGAAAUGAUGACACCACCAAAUCUUAUUUCUGAUGAACUAAACACCACAGUGUCAUUGGUCACACAUAUUGGGGAACAGCAUAGCUCAGACAUAGCUACACUGCCUAUCUCUCCAAAUAUAACAGAAACGAUACCAUCAUUUGCCACUAGCUCAAGUACAGAAAGCCAUUCUGUCACUUCAACUCUUGCUAUUUCCCCAGACCAACCAGGGACCACAUCCCCAUGGGUCACCUACCCUGGGAAAGAAGAUACUUCAGGGGUUAUAAGAACAAUAGCCUCACCUACUGUUCCAAGCAUGAUGACCAUAACGACUCUGAUCCACACUCCUCCUGAACCACAGACCAUAACAUCAUUGGUCACUCAUACUGGUGAACAUCUCAGUCCAUCCAUGUCCACUGAUGUUGUCUCUCAGGGUGGAAUGGAUAUGAUGAUGUCACAUGCCAGGACAGAGGUACAUGAAACCAGUCCAACUCUACUUGUUUCUCCAGGUCAAAGAGAGACCACAGACUCAUGGGGGACUCAUGAUGAAAGAGAAGACACUUCAGGUAUUCAAACUACCACCGUUUCAACUACUGGUCCAGACCUUGUUACUUCAACAUCUCCUAUUCCUUCUGAACAACAUUCAACAGUUUCUAUUGUCACCCACAUUGGUGAACAGCCCAGUUCAACCUUCCCUACUCUGGCUGGCUCUCCAGGUGUAACAGAAACGAUGCCAUCACUGGUCACUAGCCUUAUCACAACACACAGUCCAACAACUACAAUGCUGACAGUAUCCACAGAUCAAACAGAGACCAAAGGUACAUGGGCCUCCUCCCAUUUUGUAAAGGCAGUUAGUUCAGAUGUUCUAACUACAAAUAUGUCAGCUACUGCUUCAGAGAAUGUAGGCUCAAUAAGUGCAACCCAUAUUUCUUCUGAAACACAGACCACAGUAUCAAUGGUUACUCAUGCUGACGCACAACCAAGUUUAUCCAUGUCCACUCAGACUGUCUCUCCAGAAGCAACAGAAGUGAUGACAUCACAGACCACUACUACUAGCUCAAAAACACAUGAAACCAGUUCAGCUCUACUUGUUUCUCCAGGUCAAAGGGAGACCACAAACACAUGGGUGACUCAUGCUGAAAGAGAAGACACUUCAGAUGUUCAAACUACCACUGUUUCAACUACUGGUCCAGACCUUGUUACUUCAGCAUCUCCUAUUCCUUCUGAACAACAUUCAACAGUUUCUUUUGCCACCUACUUUGGUGAACAGCCCAGUUCAGCUCUUCCUCCCCUGGAUGUCUCUCCAACUGUAAGAGAAACUCUAUCAUCACUGGGCACUAGCUUCAGCACUAACUCUGCACUAGCUACAACUCUGGCAGUUUCCACAGAUAAACCAGGGAAUACAGGCCCAUGGGUCACCCAUCCUGAAACAGAAAUCUCUUCAGGGGAUCUCUCUACAGCCAUCUCACCUGACAUUCCAAAAAUGAUGACCUCAACAAUUCUGAUCCAUACUUCUCCUGAACCACAGACCAUUGCAUCAUUGGUCACGCAUCCUGAAAGACAUCACAGUCCAUCCUUGUCUAAUCAGGCUGUCUCUUCAGGUGUAACAGAAACAGAAAUGCCAUCAUUUGUCACUGGCUCAAGCAUAGGAAGCCAUGCAAUGACUUCAACUCUGGAUGAUUCUACAGGCCUGCCUGAGAACACAGCCCCACUGACCACCCAUCCUGAAAGAGAAGCCAUAUCAGGGGUUCCUACUACUACCAUGUCAACUGGUAUCCCAGGAAUGUUGACCUCAAGUACUCUCAUUCCUUCUGAAUCACAUGCUACAGUUUCAUUGGUCACUCCUAUAGAACAACAGCCCAGUGCAAUUUUGUCUACAAGUCCUGUCUCUACAGGUAUUACAGAAAUGAUACCCUCACUGGUCACUAACUCAAGCACAGAGAACAAUUCCAUGACUUCAACUAUGGCUGUUUCACCAGAUCAACCAUGGACCACAGCCACAUGGGUUACCCAUCCUGGAAAAGAAGGUACUUCAGGGGUUCUAUCUUUGAACAUCUCACAUAGCAUACCAGAAAUGAUGACAUCACCAAAUCUUAUUUCUGCUGAGCAAAACACCACAGUGUCAUUUGUCACACAUAUUGGGGAACAGCAUAGCUCAGACAUAGCUACACUGCCUAUCUCUCCAAAUAUAACAGAAACGAUACCAUCAUUUGCCACUAGCUCAAGUACAGAAAGCCAUUCUGUCACUUCAAUUCUUGCCAUUUCCCCAGACCAACCAGGAACCACAUCUACAUGGGUCACCUAUCCUGGAAAAGAAUAUACUUCAGGGGUUCUAAGAACAAUGGCCUCACCUACUGUUCCAGACAUGAUGACCAUAACGACUCUGAUCCACACUCCUCCUGAACCACAGACCAUAACAUCAUUGGUCACUCAUACUGGUGAACAUCUCAGUCCAUCCAUGUCCACUGAUGUUGUCUCUCAGGGUGGAAUGGAUAUGAUGAUGUCACAUGCCAGGACAGAGGUACAUGAAACCAGUCCAUCUCUACUUGUUUCUCCAGGUCAAAGAGAGACCACAGACUCUUGGGCAACUCAUGAUGAAAGAGAAGACACUUCCGGUAUUCAAACUACCAUUGUUUUAACUACUGGUCCAGACCUUGUUACUUCAACAUCUCCUAUUCCUUCUGAACAACCUUCAACAGUUUCUAUUGUCACCCAUAUUGGUGAACAGCCCAGUUCAGCCAUCCCUACUCUGGCUGGCUCUCCAGGUGUAACAGAAAUGGAACCAUCACUGGUCACUAGCUCUAUCACAACAAAAAGUCCAACAACUUCAAUGCUGACAUUAUCCACAGAUCAAACAGAGAGCACAGAUUCAUGGGCCUCCUCCCAUUCUAUAAAGGCAGUUAGUUCAGAUGUUCUAACUACAAAUAUGUCAGCUACUGCUUCAGAGAAUGUAAGCUCAAUAAGUGCAACCUACAUUCCUUCUGAAACACAGACCACAGUAUCACUGGUUACUCAUGCUGACGCACAACCAAGUUUAUCCAUGUCCACUCAGACUGUCUCUCCAGAAGCAACAGAAAUGAUGACAUCACAGACCACUACUACUGGCUCAAAAACACAUAAAACCAGUCCAGCUCUACUUGUUUCUCCAGGUCAAAGGGAGACCACAAACACAUGGGUGACUCAUGCUGAAAGAGAAGACACUUCAGAUGUUCAAACUACCACUGUUUCAACUACUGGUCCAGACCUUGUUACUUCAGCAUCUCCUAUUCCUUCUGAACAACAUUCAACAGUUUCUUUUGCCACCUACUUUGGUGAACAGCCCAGUUCAGCCAUUCCUCCCCUGGAUGUCUCUCCAAGUGUAACAGAAACUCUAUCAUCACUGGGCACUAGCUUCAGCACUAACUCUGCACUAGCUACAAAUCUGGCAGUUUCCACAGAUAAACCAGGGAAUGCAGGCCCAUGGGUCACACCGCCUGGAAAAGAGGACUCAUCAGGAGUUCUCUCUACAGCCAUCUCACCUGAUGUUCCAAACAUGAUGACCUCAACAAUUCUGAUCCAUAUUUCUCCUGAACCACAGACCAUGGCAUCAUUGGUCACACAUCCUGGUAGACAUCCCAGUCCAUCCUUGUCUGAUCAGGCUGUCUCUUCAGGUGUAAUAGAAACAGAAAUGAUGCCAUCAUUUGUCACUGGCUCAAGCAUAGAAAGCCAUGCAAUGACUUCAAUUCUGAAUGAUUCUACAGGCCUGCCUGAGAUCACAGCCCCAUUGACCACCCAUCCUGAAAGAGAAGCCAUAUCAGGGGUUCCUACUACUACCAUGUCAACUGGUAUCCCAGGAAUGUUGACCUCAAGUACUCUCAUUCCUUCUGAAUCACAUGCUACAGUUUCAUUGGUCACUCCUAUAGAACAACAGCCCCGUGCAACUUUGUCUACACGUCCUGUCUCUUCAGGUAUUACAGAAAUGAUACCCUCACUGGUCACUAACUCAAGCACAGAGAACAAUUCCAAGACUUCAACUAUGGCUCUUUCACUUGAUCAGCCAGGGACCACAGCCCCAUUGGUUACCCAUCCUGGAAAAGAAGGCACCUCAGAAGAUCUACCUACAACCAUCUUACCUGGUGUUCCAGACAUGAUGACCUCAAGAACUCUGAUCCACACUCCUCUUGAACCACAGACCACAUCAUCAUUGGUCACACAUGCUGGUGGACAUCCGAAUUUAUCCAUGUCUGCUCAGACUAUCUUUUCAGGUGUAACAGAAUUGAUGACAUCUAUGGUCACUACUUCUGGGACAGAGGCACAUGAAACCAGUUCAGCUCUACUUGUUUUCUCAGGUCAAACAAAUACCACAGCCUCAUGGGUAACUCAUGCUGAAAGAGAAGACACUUCAGGUGUUCUAACCACCACUAUUUCAGCUAGUGUUCCAGACCUUGUUACUUCCCCAACUCUUAUUCCUUCUGAAUCACAUUCCACAGUCUCCUCUGUCACCCAAAAAGGGGAACAGCCUAGUUCAGCUAUGUCUACUCUGGCUGGCUCUCCAGGUAAUGCAAAAUUGAUUCCAUCACUGGUCACUAGCUCUAGCUCUGUACCACCCACAACUCUGGAAGUUUCCACAGAUAAACCAGAGACCAUAACUCUAUGGAUCACCCAUCCUGGAACAGAAGUCUCUUCAGAGGAUCUGUCUACAACCAUCUCACCUGCUGUUCCAGACAUGAUGACCUCAGCACCUCUGGUCCACACUCCUUCUGAACCAGUGACCAUAAAAUCACUGGUCAGCCAUCCUGGUGGACAUCCCAGUUCAUCCUUGUCUAUUCAGACUGUAUCUUAUGAUGCAACAGAAAUGACACAGUCACUAGUCACCAGCGUGGGCACAGGAAGUUAUACAAUGGUCACCCACACUGAAAGAGAAAGCACAUCAGGAGUUCCAAGUACUACCGUUUCAGCCAGUGUCCCAGAAAUGAUUUCCACAACAACUCUUUUUCCUUCUGAAUCACUAACUGGAAUUUCAUUUGUUACCACUGCUGAGGAUCAGACCAGCAGUAUAACAGAAAUGACAUCACAAGCCAAUACUUUGGGGACAGAGACAGAAGAGACCCCUCCAGUUCUAUUUGUUUCCCCAGGUGAAAGAGAGACCACAGCCUCAUGGGUGACUCAUAUUGAAAGAGUACUCACUUCAGGUUCUCCAACCUCCACUAUUUCAACUAUUUUCACAGAUUUGGUUACCUCACCACCUCUUCUUUCUUCUGAACCACAUACUACAGUUUCAUUCAUUACCCUCGCUGAGGAACAACAGACAACUCAGACUGUCUCUCCAGGUAUAACAGAAAUGAUACCAUCAAUGAUCACUCUCUCAGGCAAAAAUAACCAUUCAGCUUCUUCAACUCUGGCAGAUUCUGUAGGUGAAGCAGAAACCACAACUCAUCCUGGAAAUGAAGACACUUCAGUGGUUCUGACUACAGCCAUCUCACUUAGUGGUCCAGACACGAUGACCUCAACAAUUCUGAACCACACUCCUAAAACACAGAGCAUAACAUCAUUGGUUCCCCAUGCUGGAGGACAGCCCAGUUUAUCCAUGUCUACUCAGAGUGUCUCUCCGGGUAUAACAGAAGUGACACCAUCACUAUUUACUAACCUGGGCACAGAAAGCUCUGCAAUGACUACAACAGUGACUGUUUCCCCAGGUCAACCUGAGACUGUAGUCCCAUGGGUCACCCAUCCUGGAAUAGAAGAUACUUCAAGGGUUCUCUCUAUGACCAUCUCCCCUAAUGUACCAGAAAUGAUGACAUCAGCAACUCUUAUUCCUUCUGAAUCACAUACCACAGUUUCACUUGUCACCCACUUUGGAGAACAGUCCAGUUCAGCCAUGUCUACAAAAUCUGUAUCUCCAAGUACAACUGAAAUGAUACCAUCACAAGUCACUAGUAAUGGAACCGAAAACCAUCCAAUCACUUUAAGUCUGUCUGUUUCCUCAGUUCAAACAGAGUCCACAGUUCCAUGGGUCACCCAUCCUGGGAAUGAAGACACUUCAGGAGUUUUAACUUCAACCAUCUCACCUCAUGUUCCUGGUAUGCUGACCUUAACAGCUGUGAACCACAUUACUUCUGAAGCACAGACUGGAACAUUGGUCACCCAUGCUGGGGAUCAGCCCAGUUUAUCCAUGUCUACUCUGGCUGUCUCUCCCCAUGUAACAGAAAUGAUACCAUCACUGGGCACUAGCUCUGGUGUGCCAGAAAUGAUGACCUCACCAAACCUUAUUUCUUCUGAAGCACAUACCACAAUUUCUUUGGUCACUGAUGCUGGGGAACAGCCCAGUUCAACCAUGUCUACAAAGCCUAUCUCUCCCCAUGUAACAGAAACAAUAUCACCACUCAUCACUAGUUCUCACACAGAAAUCGAUUCAGUAUCUUCCACUCUGGCUGCUUCUCCAGAUCAACCAGAAAACCCAACCUCAUUACUCACCACUCCUAUAACAGAAGCCCCUUUGAGUAUUCUAAGGACAUCCAUGUCUCCAAGCAUUCCAGAAAUGUUGUCCUCGUCAACUCUUAUUCCUUCUGAACCACAUACCACAAUGUCCUUGAUCUCUCAUGUUGGGGGACAGCCCAGUUCAGCCAUGCCUACAAGAUCUGUCCCUCCAGAAAUGAUUACCCCAACAGCUCUUAUUCCUUCUGAACCACAUAACACUAUUUCAGAUGUUACAGAAAUGAUGACAUCACGGGUCACUACUUCUGAGACAAAGAUAUAUACAGCUACUCCAGUUUUGACUAUUUCCUCAAGUCAAACAGAGAACACAGCCUCCUCGGUCAUGCUUCCUGGGAAAGAAGCAAGUUCAACAAUUUCUCCUCUGUCUACUUUACCUGGUGAGCCAAAAAGAACUGAAACAUGGCUCAUUCUUUCCGCCAAGCCUAGCACUCCACUUUCCACAGCAACUCUCAAAUUUUCUUCUAGUGAAUCAGACAUCAUACCCUCAGCUUCUGGGGCAGAGACCACUUCAGCUACAAUGUUUUCAUCUGGUGCUUCUGAAGAAACAGCCUCUCUCCCCAUCCACUCUGAGACUGAGACCAGCACAACCAUUCUAAGUGUAACUCCUUUCCCUAUUUUAACAGGAACCACGGGUUUAUGGGCUUCCACCACUUUUGCAGAAUCCACUCUGACUAUGUCCCCUAGUGUCUCUGGGUUUCCCGGUGCUCCUACAACUAGUAAAUCUAGCAGUGCAACUUUAGAGAGCAUAGAAACUUCAGCGUCUGUCACUACAGUUAGACUUUCCGAUCUUGUCACUGAUGUCACAAGCCCCGUAAUUACCUCGAUACCAUCAGAGUCCUCAACAAGUCCAGUCACUGACCUGGAAACUACAAGUGAGACAUCUCAUUUAGCUACCACAAGUUCAAGACCCAUUGGGAAAAAGACCACAACUGCACAACACGGAACGAGCACAUCUGGAAUGUCCACAUGGUUCUCUGAGAAUGUGACUUCAAGACCAAGUACAAGCCCAUCUCUGGAACUCUUCACUCUUAACUUCACUAUAACCAAUCUUCACCAUGCAGAGGGCAUGAGAUACCGAGGAUCGAAAAUAUUCAACAGCACAGAGAGGAUCUUGAAUCGAUUGCUCAAGCCCCUGUUCAAGAACACCAGUAUUGGGUCCCUUUAUUCUGGUUGCAGACUGACCUUACUGAGGCCUGAGAGAGAUAGAACAGCCACUGGAGUGGAUACUGUCUGCACUUACCAUUCUGAUCCCAUGGGCCUUAAGCUGGACAGAGAGAAGCUGUACUGGGAAGUGAGCCAUAAUACCCAGGGUGUUACCAAGCUAGGAUCCUUCACUCUAGAAAAGGACAGUCUGUACAUCAAUGAUUUUACCCAUCGAACCUCUGCUCCCACUUCCAACACUCCUGUGACGUCGUCUCGGAAUUUCACAGGAACCUCUACUGCACAACCUAACCUCUCCACAGGGGCCCCUCCUGUUUUUGCACAGUUCACGCUCAACUUCACCAUCACUAACCUGGAGUUCAAGGAAGACAUGCUAUACCAUGGCUCUAAGAAUUUCAACACUCUGGAGAGAGUCCUACAGCAGCUGCUCAAAUCCCUGUUCAAGACCAGCAGUCUGGGAUCCCUCUAUGCAGGCUGCACACUAGUGUCACUCAGGUCUAAGAAAGACAAAAUGGCCAUCACAGUGGAUGCCAUCUGCACAUAUCACCCUGACCCCAAAGGCUACAGAUUGGACAGGGAGCAGCUAUACUGGGAGCUGAAUGGGUUAACUCAUGGUGUCACCAGACUGGAUCCCUACACCCUGGAUAGGGACAGCCUCUACGUUAAUGGUUUCACCCAUCAGAGCUCUGCACUUAUCAGCAGCACCAUGACCCAUUCCCUGGUGCCCUUUACUCUCAACUUCACCAUCACAAAUCUACAAUAUACACCAGCUAUGAAACACUCAGGAUCCUUAAAGUUCAACAAAACAGAGAAGGUCCUGCAGUACCUGCUUGCUGCUGUGUUCAAGAAUACCACCAUUGGUCCAUUGUACUCUGGGUGCCAACUGAUCUCGCUCACACCUGAAAAGGAUGGAUCAGCCACUGGAGUGAACAUGAUCUGUACCUAUCGAUCUGAGCCCACGGGCAUGGGGCUGGACCCAAAGCAGCUGUACUGGGAGCUGAGCCGUGAGACCCAUGGCAUCACCCAGAUGGACUUCAUAACCCUAGACAAGAACAGCCUUUAUGUCAAUGUGCCAGGCUCUCCUCUGGUGCCUUUCACCAUCAACUUCACCAUCACUAACCUCAAGUAUGAGGAGGGCAUGCGUCAACCUGGAUCCUGGAAGUUCAAUGCCACUGAGAGAAUUCUCCGAAGACUGCUCUGGUCUUUGUUCAAUAAAACAAGCAUCAGCCUUCUGUAUUCUGACUGCAGACUGAUCUUGCUCAGGUCUGAGAAUGAUGGGAAAGCCACAGGGGUAGAUGCUAUCUGUACUCACCGUCCAGACCCCACUGAGUCUGAGCUGGACAAUGAACAGGUAUAUAGGGAAUUGAGCGAGCUGACCAAUAACAUCACCCAGCUGGGCCCUUACACCUUAGACCAGAACAGCCUUUAUAUCAAUGGUUAUACACACCAGAGCCUGUCCAUCAUACCCAUGACAGCAGUCCCUGUCCUGGUGCAUUUUACUAUCAACUUCACCAUCACUAACUUGGCAUUUGAGGAGGCCAUGAGUCGCCCUGGAUCCAGGAAGUUCAAUAUCACUGAGAGAAUCCUGCAGAGGCUGCUGAGGCCCUUGUUCCAAAAAUCCAGUGUUGGUCCCGUGUAUUCUGGCUGUGUCCUGGACUCUCUCAGAUCUGAAAAUGAUGGUUCAGGCACAGGAGUGGAUGCUGUCUGCACUCACCACCUCGACCCCACUGGCCUGGGACUGGACAGAAAGAUAAUGUAUUGGGAGCUCAGCCGGCUGACCUAUGGUGUCAGCAGGCUGGGCCAUUAUACUCUGGACCAAAACAGUCUGUCUGUCGAUGGUUACACACAUCAAAAUCUGGCUACCACCACCAAGAUCUCCGUGAUGACCACGCCUUCUACAGCGUUGACUACCGGCUCUCCCAGCCAUACAGCAGGUCCCAUUCCAGAGCCUUUUACCAUCAACUUUACUGUCACUAAUCUGGAGUAUGUGGAUGAUAUGGGUCACCCAGCAUCUAGGAAGUUCAAUGUCACUGAGAGACUUCUGCAGAGCCUGCUUGGAGCACUGUUUAGUAAAACCAGUGUUGGCCCCCUGUACUCUGGAUGCAGACUAAAAAUGCUCAGGCCCGAGAACAAUGGAACAGCCACAGGAGUAGAUGCCAUCUGCACCUAUCAGCCCAACACCUCUAAUGGAGGGCUGGACAGAAAGCAUCUGUACUGGGAGCUGAGAAGACUGAACAAAGGCAUCAUGAAGCUAGGGCCCUACACCUUGGACAAGAACAGUCUCUAUGUCAAUGGUUAUACGCAGCAGACUCUGGCCACCACCCACGGGACAUUAGUGAUGGCUACUAUUUCUGAAGGAAUGCCAAACACUUCUUCGGCACCCACAGCUGCAGGCCCUGUCCUGGUGCCUUUCAGCAUCAACUUCACCAUCAUUAACCUGGAGUUUGAGGAGGAAAUGGGUCACCCUGGAUCCAGAAAGUUCAAUAUCAUGGAUAGAACCCUGCAGAACCUGCUCAGGCCCUUGUUCAAUAAAACCAGUGUUGGUCUAUUGCAUUCUGGCUGCAGGCUGAUCUUGCUCAGGGCUGAGAAAAAUGGAAGUGCCACAGGGGUGGAUGCCACCUGCACCCACCACCUAGACCCUGCUGGCCACAGGCUGGAAAAUGAGCAGAUAUAUGGGGAGAUAAGCAGUCUGACCCAGGGUGUCACCCAGCUGGGCCCCUACAUCCUGGACAAGAACAGUCUCUAUGUCAAUGGUUACACACACCAGAUCCUGGCUACCACUCCCAGAACCUCAAGCUCUGCUCCACUGCUGUGCACUCUUAACUUCACUAUUACCAACCUACCAUACACGGAGGAUAUGUGGGGCCCAGGGUAUGCCAAGUUCAACAAAGUGGAGAAAGUCCUGCAGCUUCUGCUCAAAUCUUUGUUCCAAAAAAGCAGCAUUGGCCUACUGUAUUCUGGUUGUAGACUGACUUCACUCAGUCCCAGGAAGAACGGAGAAGCCACUGGAGUGGAAACAGUUUGCACCUAUUACCCUGACCACACAGGUCAUGGCCCGGCUAGAGAGCAACUGUACUUGGAGCUAAGCAAGCUAACCAAUGGUGUCACUAAGCUGGGCCCCUACACUCUGGAUCGAGACAGUCUCUAUGUUAAUGAUACAACUGUGACUACCACAUCCUUCCCAACUUCCUCUCUGACUCCAUUAUCUACAACUAAUUCCACAGUUGUUGGUACUAUCAUGGUACCCAUCACUCUCAACUUCACCAUCACCAACUUACACUACACAGAGGAGAUGGGACAUCCUGGUUCCUUGAAGUUCAACUCCACCAAGCGGAUCUUACAUUAUUUGCUUGACACCUUGCUCAAUAAGACCAUCAUUGCCACACACUACUUUGGAUGCAGACUGGCUUCACUCAGGUCAGACAAUCAUGGAGCAGCCACAGGUGUAGACAUAAUCUGCACCUUCUUCUCUGACCCCAUGAGCCCUGGAUUAGUCCAAGAUCAGCUAUUUUGGAAGCUGAGCCAUGAGACACAUGGCAUCACCCGUCUGGGCCCCUAUACCCUGGACCAGAACAGUCUCUACAUAAAUGAUUACCACUUUGGAACUGCAUCCCCAGCUAACAUUACUGGGAAAGUUGGUGAGGAGAUGUUCACAGUAAACUUCACUAUCAACAACCUACGCUACUCUGCCGACAUGGGCCAGAUUGGCUCUCCCAAGUUCAAUAUCACAGAUACACUCAUGCAGCACCUGCUCAGCCCUUUGUUUCAGAGGAGCAGCCUUGGCCCCCUAUACACAGGCUGUAGAGUAGCCACUCUGAGGUCAAUGAAGAAUGGUGCCCAGACCCAGGUAGAUGCCCUUUGCACGUACCGCCAGGUUCCCAAAAGUCUGAGACUGCCUGCCAAGCCAAUUUUCUAUGACCUAAGCUGGCAGACCCGUGGAAUCACCCGGCUGGGUCCUUACUCUCUGGAUAAAGACAGCCUUUACAUCAAUGGUUACAAUGAACCUGGUCCAGAUGUACCUCCUACAACUCCAGAACCAGCUACUACCAUCUUGCCCUCCGCAUCAACAUCUCUACAGCCAGAGUCCAAUACAGCUAUGAGGCACCACCUAGAAACCUUCACCAUCAACUUCACCAUCUCUAACCUUCCAUAUUCAGCUGACAUGAUCAGUGGCUCAGCCUUGUUCAACUCCAUUGAGCAUGUCCUACAACACCUGCUUGGAUCCUUGUUCCAGAACAGCUCCUUUAACUCAAGUUGCAGACUGACCUCCCUCAGGCCUGUGAAGAAUGGAACAUUCACAGUGGUGGGUACCACCUGCACCUACCAGCAUGACCCUGCACAUCCUGGAAUGGAUGCUCAGGGUCUGUACUCAGAACUGAGUCAUCUGAGCCAUGGAGUCACCCAACUGGGAAACUACACACUGGAGAAGCAUAGCCUCUAUGUGAAUGGUUACAAUGGUCUUGGUCCAGAUAUACUUACUACAGUUCCUGAGCCAAGCACCACCAUCCUGCCUUUUACAUUGACAUCUGUACAGCCAGAAUCUACCACAGCUGUGGAACACCAUCGGAAGACUGUCAUACUCAAUUUCACCAUCUCUAAUCUUCCUUAUUCAGAAGACAUGAACUAUAGCUCAGCCAUGUUCAACUCCACUGAGCAUGUUCUACAAUACUUGCUUACACCCUUAUUCCAGAAUAUCUCCUUUAACCCAAGCUGCAGACUGACCUCUCUCAGGCCUGAGAAGAAUCAAAACUCCACUAGUGUAAUUGUCAUUUGCUCCUACCAACAUGAUUCUGCGCAUCCUGGGCUGCACACACAAGAAAUAUAUUCAGCGAUGAACCAUCUGACCCAUGGAGUCACUCAGCUGGGCAACUACACAUUGGGCAAAGAUAGUCUCUAUGUGAAUGGUUACAGUGGAACUAGUACAGAAGAAUCAACGACAAAUCCUAAAUCAGCCACUACCAUGCUGCCUUCUCCAACAAUACCUGUGCAAACAGAAUCCACCACAGCUGUGGGGCACCACUUGAAAACCGUCUCCAUCAGCUUCACUAUUUCCAACCUCCCUUAUUCAGCAAAUAUGAACAAUGGCUCAGCUGUGUUCAACUCCACUGAGACCCUCCUGAAGAAUCUGAUGGAACCAUUGCUCCAUAAUGGUUCUUUCAACUCAAGUUGCAGACUGGAUUCUCUCAGGCCUGAGAAGAACGGAACUGCCACUGGCGUAGAAGUCAUCUGCACAUACUUGCAUGACCUUGCACAUCCUGUGUUGGACACCCAGGAAUUGUACUCAGAGCUGAGCAACCUGACCCAGGGAAUAACCCAGCUGGGCAACUUUACACUGGACAAAGAAAGUUUACAUGUGAAUGGUUAUAAUAAACCUGGUCCAGAAGAACCUCCUACAACUCGUGUGCCAGCCACCACUACCCUACCUUCUCCAUCUGCAUCUCUGCAGCCAGAACCUGCCACAGGGCACCAUCUAAAAACCCUCACAAUCAACUUCACCAUAACCAACCUUCCAUAUUCAUCAAAUAUGAGCAAUGGUUCAGCUCUGUUCAGCUCAACUGAGACUUUCCUCCAGUACCUGCUUGGACACGUGUUCCAGAAUGACUCCUUCAACUCCAGUUGCAGACUGGAUUCCCUCAGGCCUAAGAAGAACGGAACAGCCACUGGUGUGGAUGCCGUCUGUGCCUACUACCAUGACCCUGCACAUUCUGGGGUGGACAUCAAAGAGCUGUACACAGAGCUGAGAAACCUAACUCAGGAAAUCACCCAGCUGGGGAACUACUCCCUGGACAAGGACAGUCUCUAUGUCAAUGGUUAUAAUAAACCUGGUCCUGAAGAACCUUCUACAACCCAUGAGCCAGUCAACACUACCCUACCUUCUCCACCUGCAUCUCUGCAGCCAGAACCUGCCACAGCUAUAGGGCACCAUCUAAAAACCCUCACAAUCAACUUCACCAUAACCAACCUUCCAUAUUCAUCAAAUAUGAGCAAUGCCUCAGCUCUGUUCAGCUCAACUGAGACUUUCCUCCAGUACCUGCUUGGACACGUGUUGCAGAAUGACUCCGUCAACUCCAGUUGCAGACUGGAUUCCCUCAGGCCUAAGAAGAACGGAACAGCCACUGGUGUGGAUGCCGUCUGUGCCUACUACCAUGACCCUGCACAUCGUGGGAUGGACAUCAAAGAGCUGUACACAGAGCUGAGAAACCUAACUCAGGAAAUCACCCAGCUGGGGAACUACUCCCUGGACAAGGACAGUCUCUAUGUCAAUGGUUAUAAUAAACAUGGUCCAGAAGAAACUCCUACAACUAUAGGGCACCAUCUAAAAACCCUCACAAUCAACUUCACCAUAACCAACCUUCCAUAUUCAUCAAAUAUGAGCAAUGGUUCAGCUUUGUUCAGCUCAACUGAGACUUUCCUCCAGUACCUGCUUGGACACGUGUUCCAGAAUGACUCCUUCAACUCCAGUUGCAGACUGGAUUCCCUCAGGCCUAAGAAGAACGGAACAGCCACUGGUGUGGAUGCCAUCUGUGCCUACUACCAUGACCCUGCACAUCCUGGGAUGGACAUCAAAGAGCUGUACACAGAGCUGAGAAACCUAACUCAGGAAAUCACCCAGCUGGGGAACUACUCCCUGGACAAGGACAGUCUCUAUGUCAAUGGUUAUAAUGAACAUGAUGCAGAAGGACUUCCUACAACUCCUGAGCCACCCACCACCAUCCUGGCUUCUCCAUCAACAUCUGUGCAGCCAGAACCCACAACAGAUAUGAAGCCACCCACUCUUCUGCCAACCGAAUUCCCAACAACAAGUUCCAGCUCUCAACAUUUCAACUUGAACUUCACCAUCACCAACCUACCCUAUUCCCAAGACAUAGCUGAGCCAGGCACCACCAAACACCAGCAAAACAAGAGAAGUAUUGAAUAUGCGCUCAACCAGCUUUUCAGAAACAGCAGCAUCAAGAGUUAUUUUUCCGACUGUCAAGUUUUAGCCUUCAGGUCUGUCUCCAACAGCAACCACACAGGGGUAGAUUCCCUGUGUAACUUCUCACCAUUGGCUCGGCGAGUGGACAGAAUUGCUAUCUAUGAGGAAUUCCUUCGGAUGACACAGAAUGGUACCCAGUUGCUGAAUUUCACACUGGACAGGAAGAGUGUCCUUGUGGAUGGGUAUUCUUCAAACAGGGAUGAUGUGAUAAAGAAUUCUGGUCUUCCCUUCUGGGCCAUCAUUCUCAUCUGCUUGGCUGUACUACUGGUAUUCAUCACAUGCCUGAUGUGCUGUUUCCUGGUGACUGUCUGCAGAAGAAAAAAAGAGGGAGACUAUCAGGUUCAACGUCACCGCCUUGGUUAUUACCUGCCUCACCUAGACCUGAGGAAGCUCCCGUGA